UGGAACCAAGUUCAAAGCCGACUCCCAUCUGAUAUCUGCAGCAGUUUCACUCCAUUUUUCCAGUUUUUAUGCCUGCAUUUUCAGAGAAGCCAGCCAUCAAGAAAUGGCCAAUUCAUUACCUGUGGUAGCCCAGGAAGAUUUGGAUAGCUUUAACGUGACCAGGACAAGCUCAGGCUUUGCACUCAAAGCCUUUCAUAUUUCUUGGAACACUGACAUCUCUGUGAAGCUGCUAACCAGCCAGAACACUACAGAGAGGGAGUGGAAGUUGCUGCUUCAGGAUAUAGCAAAUGUCAGACACUGUGAGUGUGCCCAUCUCCUGCCUUCCCUUGGCAUUUACCAGUACCAUGGGCUUGUGGGGAUAGUGACUGAAUGGAUGAACAACGGAUCUCUCCACUCUCUCAUCCAUGAGCAUCAGCUGUACCCAGAACUUCCAUUUCCCUUACUCAUAAGGAUCCUCUCAGAUGUGGCUGAAGGGCUGCAUCACCUUCACAGCCUUGAACCUGCUUUCUGCCUCAGCAACCUGAAACCUUCCAAUGUGCUUUUGGAUCUGCAGUACAGAGCCAAGAUAUCAGAUUAUGGUCUAACCAACUGGAAGAAACAGCAACUGAGGUCAGACCUGCAGAACUGCAAUCAGAGAAACUGCCAGGACUUAGUGUACCUCUCUCCUGAAAUCCUUGAAGGAGGCCUUCCUUCCCAGGAAGGUGAUAUUUACAGUUUUGGAAUACUGUGUUGGGAGAGCCUAAGCAGACAGAAACCUUUUGAAGGUCAGACAACACUGCUGGAAGCAUUGACAGGAUUCUGCAGCAGUCUGCAGCCUGGUAUUUCAGACAAUUUAAUACCAAGGGAUCUGCCCCAGAGGAACAGACUGCGGCACCUCAUCGCCCGGUGCUGGCAUCAAGAACCAGGUUACAGGCCACGGGCUGCAGAAUGUGUAGAACUUCUAAAUGGAGUUUUGACUAGUAUAAAUAAGGAGGCAAUUUCCACUGCAAUCUACAACCUGAUGGAUGCAAAGGAAACAGCACUUAAUGCAUGCAAAGGCUCAGAAAUAUACAGAUUGCAGACAGGCAUAAGCAAUUCAGAGGUCAUCUGUCCACAAAAAAACAACCACUUAAUCAGCAAGAAAAUUCCUUUUGCAAAGCCAACCUUGUCAACUAUUCUACUUGAUAGCAGUGCAAAUAAUGCAGGAAGAGAAAAUAUUCUUGAGAGGGGUCUGUCCAAUACUAUCCCACAGAAUGCAACAACAAAGAAAGAUCACCCAGGCUCUGACAGAAAAGCAAAUUCCUUUUGCACAGUUUCUUCAUUGGGUCCAACUACAGGCAAAGAAAGCAGUCAGCAUAAGGACCCACCACUGACUCCAAAGCACAGACCCCAACCUCUGUGUCCUCAACAAUCAGCGACAGAUCCUUGCUGUAAAGAAGACUGGUGUCAAAUACUAGCCUGCCAGAGACAGACCAUACUGCGCUGCAUGACAGAAGGACGCCUCAACCACAUCCUUGAUGUCCUUCGCUCUCACCAAACCUUGUCCCGACUGGAUUAUGAAACAAUCACCUCUUACCCCACAGUGACUGGUCGUGCUCGGGCACUGUUGGACACUUGCCUUUGCCUUGGAGAGAGGGCAGCACAGGUUGUAGUGACUGUACUGUCAAUGACCAAACGUGGUCCUCUGGGACGAGGCAGCCAUUGCCCAGACUGUCAUACUAAGGUACACAGGCUGUUGUGACUUUUUGUUUUGCACUUGGUUACGUGGAUCAGAGCACUGAUAUUUUGGAAUGGCAAUGUUUCAUGUUAAUUCUUCAACCUGCUGUCUGAAGUAAUUCCUUCCUACAGUCCAUGAUUUCACUCCUCUAGUGGACUAGAAGGCCAAGUCAACCCCUGCUUGCAGAAAUUACCAAGACUGGUAUAACAAACUCUGAUUUGGACCUAAGAGAUGGGAGGAGUGCAGUGUGUGCCAGAGCACAUACAGUUCCAGUUGGAUGACACCUUCUUUCCUUUAUUUUUUUGAAGGGAGGAAAAUGGAUCAUGACUUGCUGGAGGUUACACUAUGGAAGAAUGGCUGUUACUACAUUGCAUACUACAAACACUUUUUUACAUGAAUUCAUUAAGCUUUAAGACUGACUUAAGCUAAUAUAUUUUUACAAUCAAAAGCAAUGUCUAUUGGAAUGUGUUGAAAAUAUUUUUGUUUAUUAAAGGAGCUAAAUAUCUA